AUGUUUGCCUUUCACUCUUCACUCACUUUUCUAUUGACUUGAGCAAUUCUUCGAUGCUAAAAAAAAAGGCGCGCUUUGUCUGUUUGUCUCCAUCCGGUCCAGUGUGCACGACUUCAGGUGAAGCAGGGAGUGUUUUGUGAAGGAGAGUUCAUACAUCAGCUUUAUUACAAUACUUUGUAGUGUGCGAAUCCUGAAGGGCACAAACGUGGGUCUACUGCACACUGUCAUUGUGUCUUUAGGCAAGACACACACCUGGCCUAGUAUAAAAGUUUCAGUUUCUUUCCCUUUGCUCCCUAUGCUAAGUCACUCCCCUUUCAGAGCGCUAUCACAACACAAUCUCUAAUGAAACCACUGCACAUCGCAUCAGCUUUGUCAACUUGUUGUGUACAGUUUUGUAUAAUGUUUUUGUGUAUUUAUGGAGAUUUGUUGUGUGGGAGCAUGGGGGGCAUAGACUUGUGGGCGGAGCCUUGCACAGAAUCUUACUGCUAACUGUAAGAGAUUGUUAAAAUACUCAAACAUGCAUGUAUAUCAAACCUCUUCAGGCAUGUAUUAAUGAGAGAACAAUAUUAUAACAUGGAGUCAUUAGGUAUUUUUCAUGAAAAUAGCUGAAAUGUGAAUUAGUAAAUAGUUUUUAUUGGCUGACAAAUGGGAGUUGGUGGCUCUUGAACUGUGUGGUUUAGGGGUGGGGCUUAGAACAGACCACACCUCCUCCCUCCCCUCACAUAGCUCUCACCUGAGUGCACACAGGUCAGGAGCACACCUGAACACACACACACACUCACAGGAGACAGAGACAGAGGAGACAGGGCUGAUAGGACGGCACACAGGAGGUAGAGACAGCAGAGCAGAGGAACAAGGAGUGAGUGUGAAGAUGCAGCUGUGAUGGUUCUUCAGCAGAUCCAGGAGUUUGUGAGAGAGGAGCAGUUCUCUGGAGCAGCCUGUCCUCAGAGCAGAGCAGGUGUCGUGGUCCAUGACACUGGUGCGUGCUCCUGCUGCAAACCAGAGCUGAGGAGCUGAGGAAGAGAGAGGAAGAGCGGGGCUGAGGAGGAGAGCAAGAGCGGAGCUGAGGAGGAAAGGAAGAGAGGAGCUGAGGAGCUGAGCAAGAGAGGGUCUGAGGAGGAGAGGGGCUGAGGAGAAGAAGAAGAGAGGAGCCUGAGGAGGAAAGGCAGUCAGAGGAGCCUGAGGAGGCUGAGGAGACUGAGGAGCUGAGGAGCCCUAGAAGGCUGAGGGGUCUGAAGAGCCUGAGGAGGAGAGGGGUCUGAGGAGACUGAGGAGGCUGAGGAGGAGAGGGGUUUGAGGAGCUGAGGAGGAGAGGGGUCUGAGGGGGGUUGCAGGCAGGGCCCUGGUGUACACACCAGUGAUGAGGGCCACGGGAGCCGGGCGCAGCUGAGGACCCCCAUGUCAGAGCAGGAUGUGGGCUUCCAGAGGCCUGCUGCUGCUGCUGCUGCUGGGACUGUUACUGCUGUGGAGCUCUGGGGCCCUGGAGCUGAGCUGGAGGCCCUGCACAGACCUGCUGCCUCUGGAUUUGUUAGUCCGAGUCGUCCCUCCGCCUUCACAAGCUCCGCCCUCACAGAUACACAUGGUCCAAUCCCGAGGCUCCAGAGGUCUGCGGGUGUCUGCUCCGCUCAGCUUCUCCGCUGCUCUGCUCUUCACUCACUGUGAGCACUUCCCAGAGGAGUUCUCGCUUGUGGUCACGUUCAAGCUCCAGCAGCUCAGGCCUAAGAGAAAUGAGUGGCUCUUGUCUCUGCUGGAGGAGGGCAGGGAGCGGCUGGAGGCCAGGCUGCUGUUGGGCCUGCGUGUGUCCAGGGACAGGCUGCACUUCCUGUUCCCUGAGGCGAGCAGCGGGCGCAGGCGGCGGGUCACGUUCAGGGAGGUGGCACUGGACGACGCCCGCUGGCACACCCUGAGCCUGGCCGUGACGGGGCACUACUUCAGCCUGACUGUGGACUGUGGGCUGCCUCUGGAGAUAAAGCAGAGCCGGGCCUUCCCCAGUGCACUCAGCACCAGAGGAGCACGAUUCUAUGUCGGCAGCGGUGGGCAACACAGGGGCCUUUUCUCUGGCCUGCUCCGACAGCUGGUCCUGCUCCCCGGCUCAGAUGCCUCUCUCCAGCUGUGCCCCUCCUCUGACCCCUCUGUGUCCGAGCUCUCUGUCCCCCCAGCGCUGAAGACCAGACCAGUACAAACACAGGGCAAGGCCUACCCCUAUGAGGCUGAGGUGCGGGUCACGGGUGGGACCAGACCUGCCUGCACAGGGCUGGAGGAGGGACAGCUGUGGUUCAACACUGGCCUCAAAGCACUGUACCUGUGUGAGGGACUGGACUGGACCCCACUGCUGCACAGUCGACAGCGUCUGGACUACGUGGAUGACUACCAGGACCUGUACACCAACUCUGAGAGCUUUGAUGUGGAGGUCUUCACUAUUCCCAAUGAGGGGCUGUUCCUGGCCACAGCCAACAGAGACUCGCGCUCUGGUUCAGGCAUCUACAAGUGGAUCCUGGGCUCCUUUCAGAAGUACCAGAACAUCAGCACCCACGAAGCCCGCGCCUGGAAACACUUCUCCAUCAGUGGCAAGCACUUCCUGGUGGUGGCUAACUCUGGAGAGGUGCAGCCGGAGCGGUCGGUGGUGUACCGCUGGAGCCCUUCAAGGAGACUCUUCGUGCAGCACCAGACCCUGGACACACACUCUGCUCUGGACUGGGAGGCCUUCCACAUCCACAACCACAGCUUCCUGGUGGUAGCCAAUCACAGACGAGCUCAAGACUCGGACCAUCACAUCGACAGUGUGCUCUACAGAUGGAACCCCCUGACCAAGCGACUGGAGGAACACCAGAGCCUGCGCACUGUGGGGGCGUAUGACUGGGAGUUCUUCUCCGUGAGGCAGUACCACUUCCUGGUGGUGGCCAACACCUUUGACGGCAGCACCACCUCUGUGAGCUCCACCAUCUUCAUCUGGAACCAGGGACGCUUCCAGCACUUCCAGGACAUCCCAACGCAGGGGGCAGUGGACUGGGAGGCCUUCUCGUUCGAGGGCAGGUACUUUCUGGCUGUGGCCAACAGUCAGAGAGUGUCAGAGACCGGCCCCAGCGACUACAACAUCAACUCCACCAUCUACGAGCUGCACCCGCUCACCCUGAGCUUCCUGCGCUUCCAGGACGUGCUCACCCACAGUGCAGUGGACUGGGAGUUCUUCACUGUUGGAGAUGAGAGGUUCUUGGUGGUGGGAAACUCUCAUGAUGGCAGCUCCUACUCUCUGAACAGCGUCAUCUACAGGUGGCAGGGGUAUGAAGGCUUCGUCCCCGUCCACACUCUGCCCACGUUCGGCUGCAGAGACUGGGAGCACUUCUCCACGGCAGAUGGCUCGUUCCUGGUCUACUCUAGUGCCACCUCCAGGCUCAGCAAGGUGUUCCGACUGAAGACCUACUGAUUUGCCAGCACUUUAUAUGAGAAAUGUCUUCAUAGAAAAAAUAUGAAAUCUUAUCAGCUCAUAUUCACAAACCCUGGUGUCGGCUCAAAGCCUCAUGGACUGAUGAAACAGAGCUAUUUUUACAAAAGUAUUUGAACAGAUAAUAUAUGGCCCAGAAGAUUCCCUCAUGUAAAACAUGUGCUAUAAGAUAUAUUUAUUACUCCUGCAUAUUAAAGCACAAGUGUGUUUGUGUCUGUACCAUAACCAACCUCCACGUGAGUGCUGUUAAACAUUUUUCAUGG